AUGGCCGGUAGGUCGUCUGUUGUCUCAGACAGACUGCAGACGCCGUCUGAGAAGUCCAGACACAGCAGCCCAAACCCCCUGGUCACUGUGGUGAUGGAGAUGUUUAUCUCUGUGGAGAACAUGAACAAGAUGGAGAACUUCCUAGACACCUGGAGCGAGAACCCCAAGGUUACCCUGCCCUGCUUCUUUAUUGUCUAUCUAUUCAAUGUCUGGAGAUUUAUUUUUGCUUGGCGAUGAACAUAAUAUAUUCUCAGUUAUGAGAAUAGAGACUUAUGAGGCUGUGUUCUACAAAUCUAUUCUGUUGGCCCAAUAGGCCUUAUCAGAUGUCCAUAUCAGUGCUGUUUCCUGACUGAUCAGGAAUUCCUCAUCUGAUUCUUGAUUUGUCAUUUCUGCUACAGUAUCUGUGUUGUCAUUGAAGUGGACUGGUUUGUGUCCUGAUUCUCUUUGGUAAACCAUUCCAUCCCUGUCUCUCUCCUCUCAUCCCCAGACCAACGUGCUGAUGGAGCUGAGGAAGUGGAAGCUGGCCUUCAUGGAGCAGCACAAGCUGGAGGUGAGGAAGGAGAGGGAGAAGCAUGCUGCCUGUAUAGCAGGCCUCACUGCAAAGAUGGACAAUCUGAAGGAAUUGCUCCACACCUACGAGACCUCCAACCAGAGGAAGGACGAGGUACGCAGUCUAGACACACGUCACACAAACCCCUGCACCACACACACACAUUACUGGUAGGGUCAUUCCUAUUUAAAGACAGUCAAGUAUUAUGAUGAAUUGGGUGUGUGAGGCAUCAUGUGUGACUUGUCUUGUUUUGCUUGUAGGUGAUAGUGAACCUGAGCCAGACAGUGGACAGACAGAGGGAGAGACUGGAGCUGAUGAGGACCUUCACCCACUGGAGACUGCAGCACAGUGAGGCCAGGAAGGAGGUGAGAGAGGGGGAGAGGGGUCACCCUCAUAGGGGAAUAGGUCUGGGGUGGAUGAGGUGGGGAGCGGUGGGUACGGGACACGCGUAUAAAGCACACUGUAUCUUAAUGUCUAUUUUUUUAAUUUUACUUUUCACCCCUUUUACUUUAACCGAGGAAUCAGUUGCUUUCACCCACUUAUUUCCUCUGAGAAAUUAAUGUCAUAACAUCCUUAGUGAACUGUAUCUUUAGCGUUGACAGUAGUCUAGCAGGGUUCGGGUUUAUGCAAAUCCUGAAUCUGAUUAAUCAGUUAAUCAUGAUUAACUGGCACAUGUAGUACCAUGUCAUUUCACAUUGAACAUCCAUUAUGUUUUCACACUUACAUUUUCCACCUAUGAUUUAUUUUAUUCCAUGUAGUAUUAUUGGUGUGGUGCCUGAUAUUAAUGGGUUAAAUAAGUUAUAUUUGCAAUCAUGUGACAAUUACAGUAUUUAAUACAUAAUCUUUCACUAAAUACCUGAAGAGUAGAAAAUCAAAAGUUGUUUCUUGUUCAUUUGAAUCCUGCUUAGUUGAGUCUUUCUAAACAUUUCUCCUCCUGUCCUUUGUCUGUCCUGCUUUCCCCCGUGUCCCCUCCCCUCUCGAGGCCCACAGCUACCGUCUGCAGCUGAAGAGGAAGGUGUGGGCAGGCUGGCACGCCCUGGUCCAGGGGAGGAGAAGGUGGAGAAGGCAUGCCGCACCCAGGCAGAGGAGGUCUAUGUGCACCUGUCAGCUGACUACGAGGACAAGAUGGCAGAGUUAAGGAGGGAAGAGCUGCACACACUACACACACACACAGGUUGCUACAUACAGUAGGCCUCUACACUUCCAAUCAUGGAACCAGAGAUCAUAUGUAAUUCUAACACUCUCUCUGAAAUGUGAAUGUAUUGUUUUUGUUGGGUGUUCUGUACUAAAAUAAGACAAUUUACCCACAGUUUCACAUGAGCACAGAACAGUAGCUAGCUACACUAACAGGAUAACCGAGAGACUGAAUAAACAUUGUCUUAUAGAAAUAGUUGUCACUCACCAAACUGCAGACCUGACACUUUGCAGCUUUUUAAAUGGCAAAUACACCUUUUUGAAGGUUUGUCUGUAAACCAGGUUUUGUGGAGAGGUUAAUAAUGUUGAUGAAUAACUGCUGCACUAAAGCAAGUGAGUGAGCUUGAUUGACUAAAAAUGUAAUUGAUGGAGGCUCAAAGCCCAGUGAAAGAGAGGAGCUAGAGCAGCGAUUGGGCCUGAGAGAGAGAGAUCCAUAGACAUGUAGUAGAGCAUAGUCCUAGCAGAAAGAGAGGAAUGGAAUAGGCUAGAGUUAUUGGCAGUACCAUAGACGUGAAGAGAAAGAAUGGAGCUAGAGCAGAACACAGGCCUAGCACAGAGAGUGAGUGAGUGAGGGACAGAGAAAGAUGGUUAUGACAGUGAGUGAGAGAAGAGAGGAAAUGCAGAAUAGACAUGGCAGAGAGACUAAGUGGUCAGUUCAGAGUUAGUGAUUUGAAACAAGCUUCCCUUCAACCUUUAUUCCUCAGUAACAAUCUAGCCUCUGCUCUUAUGCGUUCCACAAUGUUACCUUUGAAUUUUAAUUACAGUACGGUUAACAACGAUGAUACAUUAAUUAAUCCCUCUCUCCUCCCCCCCCACACUCUUUCUCCUCCCUCUUCUCUCCUUCCCUCUCUCUCUCUCUCCUUAUUUUCCCUCUCCCGGUGUGUAGCACGUGGCAGCGGUGGAUGCGGCCCAGGCUGAGAUCCAGAGCCUGCGGGCAGAGAGGGAGCGUUAUGAGGAGUCCAUGAAGAAGGCUUUUAUCAGGGGCGUGUGUGCCCUCAACAUGGAGGCCCUUGGCAUGUUCCACACUGGAGAGGGACGCACGAACUGCACGGUUAGUAACACACACACACGGCUCUGUCAAGAAACUCUUCUGUUCCUGACAUUUUAAUUCAUAGAACAUUUGUCUUUAAAAAGUGUAUUCUACCUUCCCCAGUCAUAUGAUCUGAUCAACCCACACAUUGUUUAUUAGCCUAUUGGCUAGGCUACGGUAAAACAGACACUAGUUGUCCAAUAGAGUGCAGUCUGCUGCUACUGACACUUUGACAGUUUAGAUUUACGAAGUGGAGAGGGGUAAUUUUUUUCUUUCGUCUGGCUCAUUCAUUAGUUCAUUGGAUGGCGUGAUGAUGGAAAAUCUUUGAAUGUGCUGACUGAGUGGUUAUCUUUGUGGAGGUUGCUACAUACAGGCUGGUCAUGGCUCACAUAAACACCAUUAUCCCAGAAACCCUAGACCCACUCCAAUUUGCAUAAUCUCUAUUGCACUCUCCCACCUGGACAAAAGGAACACCUACAGUUGAAGUCGUAAGUUUACAUACACCUUAGCCAAAUACAUUUAAACUCAGUUUUUCACAAUUCCUGACAUUUAAUCCUAGUAAAAAUCCCCUGUCUUAGGUCAGUUAGGAUCACCACUUUAUUUUAAGAAUGUGAAACGUCAGAAUAAUAGUAGAGAGAAUGAUUUAUUUCAGCUUUUAUUUCUUUCAUCACAUUCCCAGUGGGUCAGAAGUUUACAUACACUCAAUUAGUAUUUGGUAGCAUUGCCUUUAAAUUGUUUAACUUGGGUCAAACGUUUCGGGUAGCCUUCCACAAGCUUCCCACAGUAAGUUGGCCAUAAGGCAAUAAGGCGGCAGGUAGCUUAGUGGUUAAGAGCAUUGUGCCAGUAACCGAAGGGUCGCUGGUUCUAAUCCCCGAGCCGACUAGGUGAAAAAUCUGUCGUUGUGCCCUUGAGCAAGGCACUUAACCCUAAUUGCUCCUGUAAGUCACUCUGGAUAAGAGCGUCUGCUAAAUGACAAAAAAAGAAAAGUUGGGUGAAUUUUGGCCCAUUCCUCCUGACAGAACUGGUGUAACUGAGUCAGGUUUGUAGGCCUCCUUGUUCGCAAAUGCUUUUUCAGUUCUGCCCACAAAUGUUCUAUAGGAUUGAGGUCAGGGCUUUAUGAUGGCCACUCCAAUACCUUGACUUUGUUGUCCUUAAGCCAUUUUGCCACAACUUUGGAAGUAUGCUUGGGGUCAUUGUCCAUUUGGAAGAGCCAUUUGCGACCAAGCUUUAACUUCCUGACUGAUGUCUUAAGAUGUUGCUUCAAUAUAUCCACAUAAUUUUCCUUCAUCAUGAUGCCAUCUAUUUUGUGAAGUGCACCAGUCCCUCCUGCAGCAAAGCACCCCCACAGCAUGAUACUGCCACCCCCAUGCUUCAUGGUUGGGAUGCUGUUCUUCGGCUUGCAAGCAGCCCCCUUUUUCCUCCAAACAUAACAAUGGCCAUUAUGGCCAAACAGUUCUAUUUUUGUUUCAUCAGACCAGAGGACAUUUCUCCAAAAAGUAUGAUCUUUGUCCCCAUGUGCAGUUGCAAACCGUAGUCUGGCUUUUUUAUGGCGAUUUUGGAGCAGUGGCUUCUUCCUUGCAGAGUGGCCUUUCAGGUUAUGUCGAUAUAGGACUCGUUUUACUGUGGAUAUAGAUACUUUUGUACCUGUUUCCUCCAGCAUCUUCACAAGGUCCUUUGCUGUUGUUCUGGGAUUGAUUUGCACUUUUUGCACCAAAGUACGUUCAUCUCUAGGAGACAGAACGCAUCUCCUUCCUGAGCGGUAUGACGGCUGCGUGGUCCCAUGGUGUUUAUACCUGCAUAUUAUUGAACGUGGUACCUUCAGGCGUUUGGAAAUUGCUCCCAAGGAUGAACCAGACUUGUGGAGGUCUACAAAUUUCUGAUUUCUGAUUUCUUUUGAUUUUCCCAUGCUGUCAAGCAAAGAGGCACUGAGUUUGAAGGUAGGCCUUGAAAUACAUCCACAGGUACACCUCCAAUUGACUCAAAUGAUGUCAAUUAGCCUAUCAGAAGCUUCUAAAGCCAUGACAACAUUUUCUGGAAUUUUCCAAGCUGUUUAAAGGCACAGUCAACUUAGUGUAUGUAAACUUCUGACCCACUGGAAUUGUGAUACAGUGAAUUAUAAGUGAAAUAAUUGUUGGAAAAGUUACUUGUGUCAUGCACAAAGUAGAUGUCCUAACCGACUUGCCAAAACUACAGUUUGUUACAAAGAAAUUUGUGGAGUGGUUGAAAAACAAGUUUUAAUGACUCCAACCUAAGUGUAUGUAAACUUCCGACUUCAACUGUAUGUGAGAAUGCUAUUCAUUGACAACAGCUCAGCGUUCAACACCAUUGUGCCCUCAAAGCUCAUCACUAAGCUAAGGACCCUGGGACUAAACACCUCCCUCUGCAACUGGAUCCUGGACUUCCUGACGGGCCGCCCCCAGGUGGUAAGGGUAGGUAACAACAUAUCUGCCACGCUGAUCCUCAACAUGGGGGCCCCUCAGGGGUGCGUGCUCAGUCCCCUCCUGUACUCCCUGUUCACCCAUGACUGCAUGGCCAGGCACGACUCCAACACCAUCAUUAAGUUUGCCGACGACACAACAGUGGUAGGCCUGAUCACCCACAACGACGAGACAGCCUAUAGGGAGGAGGUCAGUGACCUGGCCGUGUGGUGCCAGGAUAACAACCUCUCCCUCAACGUGAUCAAGACAAAGGAGAUGAUUGUGGACUACAGGAAAAGGAGGACCGAGCACGCCCCCAUUCUCAUCGACGGGGCUGUAGUGGAGCAGGUUGAGAGCUUCGAGUUUCUUGGUGUCCACAUCACCAACAAACUUUCAUGGUCCAAACAUACCAAGACAGUCGUGAAUUAGUCACCCCCCUCCCUAAAAAUUGUCAAAGACUCCAGCCACCCUAGUCAUGGACUAUUCUCUCUGCUACCGCACGACAAGCGGUACCGGAGCGCCAAGUCUAGGUCCAAAAGGCUUCUUAACAGCUUCUACCCCCAAGCCAUAAGACUCCUGAACAGCUAAUCAAAUGGCUACCCGGACUAUUUGGCUACCUGUUGUAUUCGGUGCAUGUGACAAAUAAAAUGUGAUUUGUAACCUUGGUCUGGUAUUGACUGAUGGGCAAGGACCUCUUCUGAUAGUUUGUGUGUGUGUGCAUGCGUGUUUGGUCAUUGUGCGAAUGCAUGUAUAUGAGAUUUUAGGGUUCAGCUUAAAGUAAAAGUGUUUCUAUUUGCUGUUUCAUUUAUCUGUGUAGAAAUUUAGCUUUGUAGGUUGUUUAUUUUUUUUUGGGGGGGGGGGGGGGGGGAUUAAUUCAAAUGACCGGGAAUGUCAUACAGUGUCAUUUUACAACUGACAGGGCCACCGUCUGCAAAUGACAGAAUGUGAUUUAUGUUGGUCAGAUUUGAUCAUAUUGGGCAUCAUGUUUUGUUUGUCAUCUUUGACCUGUCCAGUCAUGAAGCUGAUCUGACUUCAGGACAAGCCUGUGUACACAUUAUAUGACUGAUCUUAUUGGUCUUCCCUCCGCAGAUGCUCCGCCCCCCCGGCACGAUCCUGGCUCAGGCUCAUUGGGCUACCUCCAGCCAAGGACCGCCGCCUCCGUUCGGUUCAGCCCACUCCACUUUGACCCCCCUGUACCACCGCCCCAGAGUGACGCAGAGGAGACGGUGAGAAGCUGACACACACCCUGGUUACGGUGCAUACAACGGUUUUCACUACUACUACAGAUCAGGUUCCGCCAUCAUUAAACAUUGUCACAUUUGCUGCCGUUGUAUUUAUUAUUUCUCAAGACUUGACAUUUUCUCACUAACAAUAUUUCAUAUGGGUGUAAUUGUCACUACACAAUGUGCAAUACUGACUCCUCAAACACCCAAUGUGUGAUACAUUGGAUAGGCCUGUUAUAUUUACAGUGGAUCAGUUUGUCUAAUUUCUUCAUCUCCUCUGUGUAUGGGCUUCUACCUGCACUCUUAACAUCUGCCCACUCACUCAAUCUCUCAGGUGGGUUCCAGUGCCCCAGCCUCCAGGGCCGAGGUGUUCCCCUCCACCACAGUUGUCCACAGCAGCCUACAACCAGGGGGCACUGCAAGCUCCCACAGACAGGUUAAUGGCACUGCAAGCUCCCACAGACAGGUUAAUGGCACUGCAAGCUCCCACAGAGCACAGACCAGUUCGUACUGGCAUUUAUGUUGGUCUAUGGCACUGGGAGCUUAUUGUGGCUAUGUCCCGAUUCUCAACCCCUCUCCCACUUUCUGUCAUGGAUCUACAAUCCUUGGAUUGGUGUAAUCAUUGACUAGAGGGAGUUUUAACCAUUGUUAAAUCCAUGAUGAGAAGUGUUUGGAAAAAGGGUGUCAGCCCCUAUCUCUGGUUACUGUUACCUUUUUCCUCACCAUUUGGCAAACAAAGUGAAAGGUCAUGUAAACUCAGCAAAAAAAGAAACGUCCCUUUUUCAGGACCCUGUCAUUCAAAGAUAAUUUGUAAAAAUCCAAAUAACUUCACAGAUCUUCAUUGUAAAGGGUUUAAACACUGUUUACCAUGCUUGUUCAAUGAACCAUAAACAAUUAAUGAACAUGCACCUGUGGAACGGUCGUUAAGACACUAACAGCUUACAGACGGUAGGCAAUUAAGGUCACAGUUAUGAAAACUUAGGACACUAAAGAGGCCUUUCUACUGACUCUGAAAAACACCAAAAGAAAGAUGCCCAGGGUCCCUGCUCAUAUCCGUGAACGUGCCUUUGGCAUGCUGCAAGGAGGCAUGAGGACUGCAGAUGUGGCCAGGGCAAUAAAUUGCAAUGUCCGUACUGUGAGACGCCUAAGACAGCGCUACAGGGAGACAGGACGGACAGCUGAUCGUCCUCGCAGUGGCAGACCACGUGUAACAACACCUGCACAGGAUCGGUACAUCCGAACAUUACACCUGCGGGACAGGUACAGGAUGGCAACAACAACUGCCCGAGUUACACCAGGAACGCACAAUCCCUCAAUCAGUGCUCAGACUGUCCGGACUGAGGGCUUGUAGGCCUGUUGUAAGGCUGGUCCUCACCAGACAUCACCGGCAACAACGUUGCCUAUGGGCACAAACCCACUGUCGCUGGACCAGACAGGACUGGCAAAACGUGCUCUUCACUGACGAGUCGAGGUUUUCUCUCACCAGGGGUGAUGGUCGGAUUCGUGUUUAUCGUCGAAGGAAUGAGCGUUACACCGAGGCCUGUACUCUGGAGCGGGAUCGAUUUGGAGGUGGAGGGUCCGUCAUGGUCUGGGCGUCAUCGGACUGAGCUUAUUGUCAUUGCAGGCAAUCUCAACGCUGUGUGUUACAGGGAACACAUCCUCCUCCCUCAUGUGGUACCCUUCUUGCAGGCUCAUCCAGCAUGACAAUUCCACCAGCCAUACUGCUCGUUCUGUGCGUGAUUUCCUGCAAGACAGGAAUGUCAGUGUUCUGCCAUGGCCAGCGAAGAGCCUGGAUCUCAAUCCCAUUGAGCAUGUCUCGGACCUGUUGGAUCGGAGGGUGAGGGCUAGGGCCAUUCCCCCCAGAAAUGUCUGGGAACUUGCAGGUGCCUUGGUGGAAGAGUGGGGUAACAUCUCACAGCAAGAACUGGCAAAUCUGGUGCAGUCCAUGAGGAGGAGAUGCACUGCAGUACUUAAUGCAGCUGGUGGCCACACCAGAUACUGACUGUUACUUUUGAUUUUGACCCCCCCUUUGUUCAGGGACACGUUAUACCAUUUCUGUUAGUCACAUGUCUGUGGAACUUGUUCAGUUUAUGUCUCAGUUGUUGAAUCUUGUUAUGUUCAUACAAAUAUUUACACAUGUUAAGUUUGCUGAAAAUAAACGCAGUUGACAGUGAGAGGACGUUUCUUUUUUUGCUGAGUUUAUUUAUUGACUGUUCCUUAAUGAUCAUAAUUUGAAUCAGGUCAGUACACGGGUGAUCACAGCAAGUCAACAGAAAGCCUCCAAAACCAUGGCCGCUCGCGUCACGACACGCUCCGACCUCUGUAUUCCCAGCUUCGUCCACACUCCCGGCAACCUCCAGGUUAUGGGUGUGGCUCCUCCCAUGAGCUGUCAUCGUGGUGCGCAAUCACCGCGUCACACAGGUACACCAUCAUCACCAAACGUCUAUUUUACGUUGAAUCAAUAUCACCAAACAAGUAGAUUUAUGAUCUGUAGAAAUGCACCUUUGCUGGAUAGACCUCAAACUGUCUCACUUUUCUCCCUCCCAGCUCAUGGUGGGUCAGGCCACAGCAGCUAA